CGUAACGCGUACUAGUACUGGAUUCGAUUAACUGGGUAUUGUUCAAACUUCACGGAUCGUUGAAUCUCAUCAUCAGUUUAUAGUUAAUUGUAUUCUUUUUGUGACGAGCAGCUGUAUGAUUAAUACUUUCAUGUAUGAACAAGGGGAUGUUUCCUUGACUAUAAUUUGGUGUAACUCAUGGGACGCGAGUUAAAAUCAACCAUCGGCGCCGACUGAAUUGGACAGUGGAAGUGGAAUUCAGAAUCAGUUUUUUGACUAGAUGAUACCAUUUGGAAUUGCAGUUGCAAGUUCGUGUUUCAAGCAAUUUUAGCCACGCCAGUGGCAUAUUGCAAAUGCAAUGGGUUAUGUCUUCUCCAAGAUCUGGAGUCUUUUCAACAAUGAAGAACACAAGGUGAUCAUAGUAGGCCUGGAUAAUGCAGGCAAAACAACUAUACUCUAUCAAAUUUUGAUGAACGAGGUAGUGCAUACGUCACCCACCAUCGGUAGCAAUGUGGAGGAAGUCACAUGGAAAAACAUACACUUUUUAAUGUGGGACAUAGGAGGGCAGGAUUCACUACGCACAGCAUGGAGCACGUACUAUGCAGGCACACAGUUUAUCAUUCUAGUAAUUGAUAGCACCGACAGAGAAAGGUUGCACAUAAGCAAAGCAGAACUCUACCAGAUGUUAGCUAAUGAGGACCUGAGGCAUGCUGCGGUUCUCCUCUACGCAAACAAACAAGACCUCAAGGGCUCCAUGUCAUCGGCGGAAAUCUCACAACAGCUCAACCUAACAUCAGUCAAAGAUCAUGCCUGGCAUAUACAGGCCUGCUGUGCUCUUACAGGAGAGGGACUAUAUCAAGGCUUAGAAUGGAUCGCCAAUCAGAUCAGAAGAUGACGAAGGUUUCUAUCCCGUCUGUCACUCUGUCUCUUCAAUGUCCUCCAUUCUCAGUCUCUUUUUGAUAUCCUAGAAGUAGCUAGCAGAAGAGCCUUUCGUAGUUCUACUCAAACUCUUGUCAGUGGUAACAGGCCAGCAAGUAUCCAGCUCUCCGGCAAACUUGAAAAGUCUCCAUAAGCCCCCGAUUCUGAUGGAUGUAUUGCCAAGUACAGUAAUGUAAGAACAGGGUUGUGUACAUGUACAUAAAAGCCAAGAAUGGUCAACCAACACUUUGCGCACGAAGUGAUCUUAAGAGCAACAGAUCAUCACUUAUUACAUAGGAAAGCACAUGAGCUACUCCUCUAACGACAGAAUGUGUUAUACUGAAUCCUGUUCACACUGUUUUAAUAUUGAGUGUCUACAUACUGACUGUCUUUGAACACAUUGCCCUACCAUAGUGAACACACCACAAAAGGGGCUAAGCACUACUCAAGGAGUACUUCAUAGCAUUAUGGGAACUCACCUCACAGUUGCUCGCCACUGUUUGUUGUAACACACACGGAGACCCAAUGACCCAUCUCUGGAAUAGUGUUUGAAAUCUGUGAGUGCAAAAAGGACUCGUAUGCCAUCUUCUGAACAUGGAGUAUGUAACACUGUAAUGACUUUUAGGUGUAUCUGCAGAGAAUGCUGUUGUACUUGCAAAAUGACCAUUUAACCUUCCAAUGAUAUUAUGUGAAUGCGAAAAGGACUUGUAUGCCAUUUUCUGAGUGAGGAGUUCUGUAACGGAUCAUGUGUGUCAAUUGCUGCACAAAAUAUUGAAAUGGUAGCAGUGAUCAUUUAACCUUCAUAUGAUCAUGAUUGAGUAUGCGAUUGCAAAAAAAAAGGAGUUAUGAAUGGUCAUGUAUUAAAGCAUGGAGUGGAAUGUUGUAAUGAACUACACAAUGUACAUGCCACUUUGAAUGCAAAAUGUGAAAUGUUUAAAUACUUAGAAUUGAUCAUUUAUUUAACCUCACAGUUA